AGCCUCACUGCACCUCUCAUACUACACACAGAGCAAACAAUUCAGUAAUAGCAGUAGUAUUAGCUAGUAGCCUGCAGCCAUGGCUUCAGAGAAAGGAGCCUACUUCGAGAUCUCUACCGUGACGAUGCCGCAGAAGGAGGUGCGCAUGACGCUGUACGUGCACCAGGUGGUGAGCGGCGCGAAGAAGAACCAGCAGGUAGUGGUUCCCAAGCAACCCAUCGGCUUCGGCGUCAUCGCCGCCAACGACUGGACCGUGUUCGACGGGACGGGCACCGGCGCCAACCUCGUCGGCAAUGCGCGGGGUAUGCAUCUGUGUGGUGCCAUGAAUGGUGAAACUUGGAACAUCUAUUUUGACCUCAUCUUCAACAACGGAAGGUUCAAGGGAUCCUCGCUGAAGCUGCUGGGAAGCAUUGGGCCAGCAGAAGGCGAGUGGGCCAUUGUGGGAGGAACAGGGGAGUUCAGUCUUGCCCAGGGUGUCGUCGCCUACAAGAAGGUGCAAGACAGCGACGGCACCAAUAUAAGGGAGCUCAAGUUCCGCGUCUUCUAUACGCCCCUAAAGGCGUAGAUCCGUGCAGUAUCAGCCGACUGAUCGGAUCGGAUGGACGCUCUUGCAUUACUGCAGAAAUUAAUAAACAGACGUACGGACAGAUCCAUGACACGGAUCUUGUCAUCGUCCUGUGUUAACAGCGUGUCGUUGCUUUUCUUGCCUUCAUUCACAUGUUUUGUCUGCUCAAUGUCAUGAAGCCUCAGAAGUAAAAGAUUCUAAUGGAUGGGAUAUUUUCUUUGAUUUCGUUCUAAGCAUUUUUUUUAAGGCGGCCA